AUGAGACCAAUUCAACUCCCUGAACCGCCGAGCCCUACCGCCCAUAGAGGUACUCCUGAUAUCUUUGAAUCUGGAGUUCAUACCUUCGUCCGACGCGCCGUCGUUAUCGGUAACGGUUUCUCCGCCUCCGAGAAUCAGAGUAUCGGAUUGGUUCACGCACUUGGUUUCUCUGAGAACUAUUUCUUAUAUCGGGUUACCAGGCCUAAAGGAGGAGUUAAUGAGUGGCUUCAUUGGCUUCCAGUCUCCCUCCAUAAAAAAAUAUAUUAUAUUGUAAGAACGGUUGGCAAUUAUUCCCACCUACUGUUGAGAUCUCAACCAAAGAAGCUCAAGCCUUCAGAAAAUGGUGUCAGUGACGGCUUGUUAGGUGUCUUAGAAGCUGAUACAAAGCAAAUAGUAAAGUUUGCUCAUGAAACUUAUGAGAAGGAAGGACCUUUGUUGGUGGUUGCAUGUGGAAGAGAUACCAUUUCUACUGCAAGUUCCAUAAAAAGCUUAGCAUCUCAGAAUGUUUUUGUCGUUCAGAUACAACAUCCAAGAUUGCAUUUGAAUAGGUUCGACAUGGUGAUUACACCUAAGCAUGACUAUUAUCCUCUGACUCCACAAGGACAAGAACAAGUUCCCCGGCUUAUUCGAAGUUGGAUAACUCCGCGUGAUCCUCCGGAUAGUCAUGUGGUUCUCACAACUGGAGCUUUACAUCAAAUAGAUUUCACUGCAAUACGUAGUGCUGCUGCUACUUGGCAUGAUGAAUUUGCCCAUGUCCACAGGCCCUUGCUCGCUGUCAACAUUGGAGGCCCAACACGUAACUGUAGAUAUGGUGGAGACCUUGCAAAGCAGUUAGUGGCCUCUUUGCUCAGUGUUCUUACUAGUUGCGGGAGUGUUAGAAUAUCCUUUACAGAGAAGACUCCUCAAAAAGUGGCCAACAUCAUAACGAAAGAACUUGGAAAUAAUCCAAAAGUUUAUAUUUGGGAUGGGCAAGGACCUAACCCACACAUGGGCCAUCUAGCUUGGGCUGAUGCAUUUGUUGUCACAGCUGAUUCCGUUAGUAUGAUAAGUGAAGCUUGCAGCACAGGGAAGCCCGUUUACGUUGUGGGGUCUGAGCGUUGUAAAUGGAAGUUUGCCGAAUUUCACAAAUCAUUGAGAGAGCGGGGAGUUGUUCGGGCUUUUACAGGUUCCGAGGAUAUAUCGGAGAGUUGGAGCUAUCCACCCCUUAACGAUACUGCUGAUGCAGCUAACCGAGUUCGUGAAGCGCUUGCUGCCCGAGGGUGGAAGCUGAAGAUAUAA